AAAGGAAAGUCGCCUCUUUACGAUCCCUUUCGACUUGCAUACAGGCUGCAAUUUGUCAAGAUGAUGAUCCAGGACGAAGACUACUUCAUCCCGCCCAGGAGUGGCCGCUGCCGAUGGUACAACACGCCCCGCCAACCCUCACUACGCUCUAUCAAAAUGUACGAACACCACUUCCGCAUGAACGACGGUAGCCGGCUGCUGCAGCUGCCGCGGGAGCUUCGCGACGAGAUCUGGGAGCUGGUCUUCAACUCGACGAGGCUGACAUUCGGCCUACGAUACACACCCCGCUACGGCGAGCGGUACCUCAAGCCAGCCCCACAUUCGUUGGCGCUAUUGCGAGUGUGCCGCCAAACCUACAUCGAGACGCGCGACAUGUGGCUGCAGCGUGUCUUGCUCAACUUUGAAGACCCCCAGACGAUGCUGAACAAGCUUUCCGACAUGCCAGAGUCUACCGUGGCCAGGAUCCGCCAUCUAAGACUUAUCGGCUCGCCCAUGAUGCGCUACCUCAAGGGCUUCGACGACCUCAUGUAUCGCCAUGAGUCCAUCUUUCAACUUCUCCCCGCUCUCCGCCUGGACUGUCUGACUAUCAUUGCUAUUGCGCCUGCUGCACCAGAGUACGACGCCCUUACCAACCUUGUCAACCGUGGUAAUGGAUGGAAGGAGCUUCGCUAUGUCACCCGCAACUCAAGUAUGCUCGGCUUCAGUCCCUCUCGAAGCCAUGGCUCACGCGAGACGGGUGACAUAUGUCGUCAACCCCAGCCGCGAUUCUGGAACAAGCGACUCGUAAGCCGAGAUGGAGAGAGCUCUGGCUCAUCCGUCCAAGUCUUCAGGGCGACAGAAGAGAAUGACUUCCUAUCUGUCCUUGACCCAGAGAGACGUGAGAUAUUUGAACAAAACCCAGAAGACCACGAGCUCAAGGACUUUGGCCGGGUCGACGACGAAGAGCUGACAAGAGGUCCUGGUUCCCGCAGGGCGCUCCUAGUCGUGGUGAAGCGCGGCGACAACGUCGAUGUCAGUCAGAAAUCUCCCGGCUACGGCAAGGAGCGGGACAUGAAGUUACGAUUCAGCAAGAGGAGCUGGCGGGUUCGCAAGAAGGUCAUUGUGUGGACGCCGCUAGAUGCCGAAAAGGACGAAGAUGAUGUAGGCAACGGAUGGGCGAAACCUCAGUUACGACGUCCACCCUAUGGUUUCGAUGACUACUACGAUAUUGACGAGUUUUGA